UUGGAGAGAAGAGGAGCUAUUGGAGCAAAAGGAGGAGCAAUGGCGUCGCGUGCGGCGGUACAAGAAGGAGGCCGUCGAGCUUUCCGUCUUGGCUCACAUUCUGAGGGAAUGAGGCUCCUGCCGUUGCGUCGUCUUCUCUGCGCUCUAAUGGCGGAAAGGGACACAUCGCCGGCGUCAUUUCUUCCAGCCAGCCUCAUUAUUGCUGGGGGACCCUCUUGGCUUCGCCCAUGCCGACGACUCGCAGGGAAGGUGACCUUCGUAAACAGACAAAUAGGGCUCCUGUCUCCGUUUCAGAUAAGCGAGGGACCGUCAGAAUGAAAGCAGCUGGGCAUUUGCUCUGCUUCGUGGCGUGGGGGAAGAAAAAAACCAUGCGUCAGCUGGCUCUCGUGGCUUCUGUUUUUCUCAUUUUCUUGCAGAUAACUUGUUCGACGAUAUGUCUCGACGUAGAAAACCAGGCUAAUUGCCUGCGACGCCAAAUCAGUAAAACGAUAAUUACAUUUUCUCUUUCGUUUCUUUUUGUUUUGCCUAAAUUAAAGUUUCGUUAAUCGAGGCGCAAUUCUCGGAGCUUCUGCUCCUUGAGGAAGGGGAUGAUAGCGACGUUCUCCUCGAGGAGCUUCUGCUCCAGGAGCUGGUUGCGGAGCAGGGACUCCUUGUCCUGGAGCUCCUCCACCAGGCGGAGCAGCUCGGCGACGUUGGGCAAGCGGAGUUGCACGGGGGCGGAGGCGCAGGGAAAGUAGAAGCCGAAGGACCGGGCGAAGAUGCUCCGACAACGCCUUCUUCAGCUCGUCCAACUCUGUCUCGAGCGCUCGGUUCUCCGUCUGCGGGCGCUCUUUCCGGUCGCCGGCCCGCGCGAGCUCGUCACCCUCGGUAGCGAUCUCCUUCAGGAGCUCCUUUACCAGGCGGAGCAGCUCGGCGACGUUGGGCGAGCGGAGUUGCACCUGGGUGGAGGCACAGGGAAAGUAGACGCCGAAGGACCGGGCGAAGGCGCCUACGGCCUCGUCAUCGGAGGAUGGAUGCGACGGAGUCUGUUGGCCCUCGGCCGCCACCGGCGGCGGCGGCUUCUGGGAGGAGGAGGACCGGCGGGGCACGUCCGUUCUUAUUCGGGUCGUCUAACGAAGAUUUGAUUCAGAUGAAACAAAAGGAAACAGAGAAGUUGUAAUUAUCGAUUUUGCGUCAAAUCACGUAAAUUAGUUCUGGGAAAACCCUUAAGGCCAAGUGGAAGAACGUUUAGAAUGAAAACUCCGGCAUUUGCCCGCAGUCUGCGGUGGCUGAUCGAUGCUGGUGAUGGGAGUUGGAGUCGUCUCUCAAGCGAUGGGGGCCCUCCGGCAAUCUGUACAUGGAUUUCCCCACGCAAAUCUGGGCAGGCGCCAGUGCUUUCUUAAGCUUGAGAGGACAAUUCCCAGUCUCGUUUCGCAGGCAAAGCGAGCCAACAUUUCAUUUUUGGGGGCGGGGGGGACCGAACGAAGCACAGCGUGGCGGAAUGCAGAAGCUUACAGGACCAGAACAGCGCCGUGUGCGUCGCUGCCCGCGCCACUGGGGCACUCGAACGAGGACUGCGCAAGCAAGCGAGUUGUGCCGACAGCGACACGUCGGGAUCCACGGCGCAGUUAUGGUGGGAGGUGAAUGAGAGGGAGGAGGAGACUUGACAGUGCAGCUUUGUUGUCCUAAUUGGGGCACCUCGGUCUCAGCUAGUUGAUACAACAUCAGUUUCUUUUGGCUUCAGCUGUCUAUUCGUGAUCAGCCUCAGCUUACUGACAGUGCAUUCUUGUUGACUGCUCCGUGAACCGAAAGCUUGGCUCUCAAGUGCGUCUCCUUAAUUGCCCUAACGGGACUUUACUUCGUACUGAGUUGCGCCAUGGUAGCACGUAAAAUGCACACGAGACAGCCAUCGCCAUCGAAGCAUCGAUCAAUCAUGCGUUGCGUUUGCAGAAAGUAAAGGAAGGAAGCAUCGUUUUGGGAAGACGACAUGAACCGGCGACAACAAACCAUGUCCGGCCUUCUCUUUCAUUACAUGCCGGAGGUGUCAACGUGCCAGGUGCUGGAAAACCCAGGCACUUAACUUUCUCUUCACCACUGAAUCCUGAUUCCUUUUCUCCUCCGUCUCUCUUGUUCUAUUCCCAGCUGUUUCAUCACUCGCUACCAUGUAGCUGCGGUGUCAAAGAGAAGGUGAUCUCUCACUCGAUGAUGGAAUCUAAUGGUUUUGUGUUUUUUGACUGAGAUGAUCAAAAGCGAAGAUGAAAAUGUUGUAAUGAUACGGUUAAUUUAGUUGGUGGGGAUGGAAGUUGGUUAUGGUCCCAAUCCUUGAAAUAUCAGCGGCAGUAGCAGCAGCAUACAUUUACUACGCAACCUGAGCGACGGGCAUUCUACAUUAAUGGGAGCGGUUGAAUGGGUAGAAGGAGAGGGCAGUCGCAAGGGAACAACGAGACAAGGCGGUGGAUGGAGUGCUUGCGAAUAAAGAAAAAGGGGAAGAGAUCACGAGAGCGGACGAGGGGAAAGGAUUGACGCAGUGAUGGUGGGCGCGCAGUGCAUGUGAAACGACCUUGGAUUCAUAUGCGACUUGGUACGUCGUCUUCACGCUCCCACUGGACGUCCUCCCAAUUCCUCUGCCAUAUGACCAAGCUUGUCGAAGCCCGGCAGCCCGCACCUCCUUUAUCGCCUCCUCCUCUCCCGUCCUCCUGUUGACACCACAUGGAGGCCUACCCCGUGCCGCCGCCUCCUCCGUCAUUGCUGCACCAUGACCACCAAGCUGCCCGUGGCGGCGGCCAAGCCUUUCUCGCCUCCAACGCCGUCGUCCUAAUCGUCGUGCCUCUCCUGUUGCUCAUCCUCGUGGCCGUGGCCGCUCUGCUGCUGGUCAAGGUCUGCCGAGCCAAGGCCAGGAAGAGCAGAAACAUGAGCAGCUGCAACAGCAGCUUCCGGAAAGGCAGUUUCGACCGGAUGAAGAUGCCUGUGUACUCCGCUAAUGGCGGCGCCAACGCCAUCGCCUAUAGCCCAGAUGUGAGGAGUUGCAUCCAUGGGGGAAAGCUGGGGUGUCCGAUGCAGGCCAGGCAGAGGAGAGGGCAGGUGUUCACUUACAGGGAGCUGGAACUGGCCACGGAUGGGUUCGGCGAGAACAAUGUGAUCGGAAACGGUGGAUUUGGGGUGGUGUUCAGAGGAACUCUGUGUGAUGGGACGGUGGCGGCCAUUAAGCUGCUGCGCAGGGAAGACAAGCAAGGGGAGAGAGACUUCAGGACAGAGGUUGAUCUUCUGAGCCGACUGCACUCCGGUUACUUGGUCGGCCUGCUCGGUUACUGCGCCGACCAACAGCAUCGGCUGCUGGUGUUCGAGUACAUGCCCAAUGGCAGCCUGCAACACCACCUCCACCCCACCUCGAGGAAACAGAGCCACAAGCCUCUCGACUGGUGGACGAGGCUUCGAAUCGCACUGGACUGCGCCCGGGCGCUCGAGUUCCUGCACGAGCACACCGUCCCCGCCGUCAUCCACAGGGAUUUCAAGUGCAGCAACAUCCUUUUGGACCACGACUGCAGGGCCAAGGUGUCGGACUUCGGCAUGGCCAAGGUCGGCUCCGACAAGAUCAAUGGCCAGGUGCUCACCCGAGUGCUGGGGACUACGGGAUACGUCGCGCCGGAGUAUGCGUCGACGGGCAAGUUGACGACGAAGUCGGAUGUUUACAGCUACGGCGUUGUUCUGCUUGAGCUUUUGACGGGGAGAGUGCCGGUGGAUCCUGGGAGGCCUCCCGGGGAGCAUGUCUUGGUCUCAUGGGCUCUUCCUCGGCUGACCAACAGAGAGAAAGUGGUGGAAAUGGUGGAUCCAGUACUGCGAGGACAGUUCUCGAAGAAGGAGCUGAUUCAGGUUGCAGCCAUUGCUGCUGUUUGCGUGCAGUCGGAAGCGGAUUACCGCCCUCUCAUGACGGACGUGGUGCAGUCGCUCAUCCCGCUCGUCAAGAACUCCGUGGCGGCGAGCCCUACCACUCCGUCCAGAGUUCAAGUCUCGGUUGCAAGAUCAUGAUCCAGUGGGGAGUUCGCAGCAUCUACCAGCGUAUGGGAUGGGAAGACGGAAGCUGGAUUCGGAAUGGUUACGCCAUUCAAGAUUCGGGAGGUGGAUGUGGGCAAAGACUGCGGUAUACUGUAGUUGCGUUCAUAAGAUGCUCGACAUCGUGUUGUUCCAGUUAUAUACUUCUUGGCCAUGCUCUGGGCAGCUGCACAUUUCAUCAGAUCAAUCCACGAUAAAUUCUCAGAAAAAGGCAAAAUGAAUUGGAACA